GGUGUGUCCUUUUCCCCCCCGUGAACAAAACCAUCAAUAGUAACCAUAAAAAAUAAAGUUGUCCUUCAUUUUCUUCUUUUAUAUGUAGAAGAAAUAUUAGUACAAAAUAAAACACCAUCCAAUUAUGUCUAUAGAUCAAAGUAAUUCCCCCACAAAACUUCCUCUAUUUUUAACACCAAAAUCCAUGAAAUUGAAAUAUUCACCUCAACAAUAUUCAUCAGGUGUAUUAACUCCACCAAUUCACACUUGUUUAGCUUCUGUUCCUUUUAAGUGGGAAUUACAUCCUGGUAAACCUAGACCUUAUUGUACUGACAUUAUUAUUUCUACCAUUUUUAAUGAUCAACCUAAAUUCUUAGAGCCACCUCCUAGGUUUUACAACUUGGAUAAAAUGACCAAAAUACCCUCCUCCCCUAAAAUAAAUAAUGUCCUUGAGAGAGGGCAACUUGGUGCUCUAGUUCUUUAUAAGAAUGAUGAUAAUAGUACUAAUAAUAAUGUGCGUAGAAGAGGUUCUUAUUGGUGGCAACAAUGGUUUGCUAAACGACGUAUUAAGAAGGAAGUUGGUGUCGGUGGGGGCAAUUUGGUCAUUUCAUCUUCAUCAUCAGAUUGUGGAACUGGCACUGGACUUGAAAGAAAUGGUUACUUCUCCGGCCUCUCUCACUCUCACAUUUGGGGUUCCAUGUACAAGGGUUUCAAGAAUAUCAUACCUCGGAAGAGCAAAAAAUUUAAAAAAGAAGUGCUCAUUAAAACUCAAACAUGAUAGUAAUAUCUAAAACUCCUUUGUUAUAUAUGUAGUAGUAAUAAUAUAAUAAAAGCAUAAAUUAUAUAUGCCCCCUCCUCGCUCUUGAGAUGUAAUCUACAAUAUUUAGUUUAAAUUAAUUGCAACUUAACGUAUUA